AUGAUCACGGCAUUGAGGCGCUACGCUUUUGAGCACCGGAACGAGGAGUCGGUUUUUCUUUUAGGCUGUCGAGCUAUGUGGUCUCAGUUGGCACCUGUUCACUCUCUGCAACGGCUAGAGCGCAAGUUUCGUGCGCGGUGCCGUUCGCGAAAGCCGCUGCUGCGUCUGCACCACGGUUCUGGAGACGGGGAGUUCUCCGUCUCCCGCCGGGAGUUGCUGAAGCACUCCGCCGCAGCCCUCACUGCAGCAGCUCUGUCGCAGCUUGGGGUAGCUGCCUUGACUGAGCGGCAUGUAGUAGAUGAGGCCGCUGCGGCAAAUAGGACCUUGUCCGGCGCUUCAGGAGUGGUCAACAAAGACCCGGAGUCGCUGUUGCGUUGGGCGCUUCCCAUUGACAACGAGCACUUGCGGCAGCUCCAGACGGAGCUCGAGGCGACGCUGCGGGAGCUUCGGCAGAAAAAGUGGUCCCAAAUUUCUAGUCAUGUCCGCAAGGCCUCACAAAUGACUAGUAGGAACGCAAAUGACUUGCUUGCGGACGUGAGUGAAGCGAAAACCGCAGAGGCGCAGCGGGCUCUCAGUACGCUGCAGUCAAUGCUCGGAAGUUUGCAGGCUUCUGCGGAUGCAAAAGACGCUGAAAAUUUCGAAAGUAUGGCGAAGGACGCUCUGCGCCAGGUUGGAACGCUAGAAGAGCUCUCUGUUAAAGGCUUUCCUUUCCAGGUCCCGGAGGAAUACAGCCAUCUCCCACAGCUUCUGGGGCGGGCAACCGUCGAGUUUGUCCUACGCAAGAGCGGCGAGGAGGGCUCGCCCAAGCAGUUUGAUAUCGAUGGCAAUCUCUAUGACAGGGCACGGCUCGUAAUGGUUGUUGAUGGGUAUUCCGCUCCGGUGACUGGUGGUAACUUUGUGGAUCUCGUCUCCCGAGGCUUCUACAAUGGUCUACGUAUCAUUCGAUCCGACGGUUUCGUAAUUCAGACCGGAGAUCCCGAACCAGAAGGCAAGAUCCACGGCUUUAUCGACUCCAAAACAAACCAGGAGCGAACGAUUCCUUUAGAAAUUUUCGCGAAAGGAGAUCCGAUGCCUCUUUACGGCACAACGCUCGAGGACGACGGAAGAGGCGGUCAGGCCACGGUGCUUCCACUAACGGCCUUUGGAAGCCUGUGCUUUGCACGUAACGAAUUCGAGCCGAAUAGUGGCUCGAGCCAGUUUUUCUGGUUCCUGUUCGAGCCAGAUCUUACUCCCGCGGGGCGAAACCUGCUCGACGGGCGUUUCGCUGUCUUUGGGUACACGACCGAAGGCGCCUUUUUCUUGCGGGAUGUCAAAGUCGGCGACAUCGUGGAAUCAGCCAAGGUUGUGCAGGGACUCGAGAAUUUGCGUCAGCCGACAGCGUGA